UUCUCUUAUAGACCUAGUACGUGUUUGUGUUUCAUAUUCAGAUACCGCGAAGCAAACCGAGUUAACUCCAUGGAGGACCAAACUCACGCUACCAACAAAGAUCCCUUCCUCCUGAAUUACAACCCUUCUGAACGCCGAAUUGCUUCUGAGUUUUUGGGUACAUGGCUUCCCUUCCUUUCCCGAGAUCUCUGCACCAACUGCGCCCAAUCGCUCUCCGAUCGCAUCCGCUCCAUCGACCCUCACCCAGAGUCUCAAAGCCUAGGAGAUGAUGUUUCGAACGUGCAACCACAGGAGAUGAGUGACGGCGUUGAAGAUAACUGUGACGCGCAUUCUCUUGGUAGUUGGAAUGAUGGGGCAGAGGCGAAUUCGAAUUUCGAGACUCCUCGAAUGUCUUGGGCUGAUAUGGCGCAGGAAGAUGAUGAUUUCGAUGAAGUAGUUCAUGAACAAAAGAAUAAAAAAUUUAAUGUUGUGGUGGCUGCUUCAAAUUCAAAUUCAAAUUCUUCAGAAGCAAUCCAAGUUGUUGCUGAGAAGCCUACAUUGCCUAGGGAGCAGAGGGAGUACAUUAGGUUUAUGGACGUGAGGCGUAAGAAGGAUUUCAAAUGUUUUGAGAGGGUUCAUGGGAAGCUCGUUAACAUCCUCGAAGGACUGGAACUCCACACGGGUAUUUAUUAA